ACCAGGAGUUGUAAUUCACGAGUUAAAGAAACCUCACACGAUGCAGAUAAGUAGCCGAGCUACUUCACUCGCUGCCACAGUGGAGCGGAGAGGCAGUGAGACGGAAUCUUGCUUUGACAUGGGCUGUAUCCCUCCGCCAAACUACCUCUUUCAAACCACAAAGGGUCAGCGCUGGCAGAAGCUCCAGAUGGUUGUGCUCCCGAUUCUGCCGCUGACGGCGCUGUUUAUACAAUCGUCUGUUCGUCUCGGGAGUGCGGCGAAAGAAGCAUAUCGAGUGCAGAGAUGGAUAGAUGCAUUAGAUGACAUGCAGGAACUGGGGCUGGUAAUCGCCGCUCUCCAAACUGAACGGGAAAUCGUGAUGGCACAUCUGUACUCAAAUGAGACGACUCAGUUCACUGCAUUGGCUCAGUUCGAGAAAACGGACGCAAUAUUUGCAGGGACGCAGUUUUCCGUCCUUCCUGUGAAGAAGAGGAACAACUGUCGCGUGUUCCUCAACCCCGCUCGCCAGGCAGCAGUGGAUUACAACGCCAAGAACAUCUCCUUCCAAAUCUUCACCAAAUACGCCAAAGCUAUUGCCGUCUUGACCAACUAUUACUUUGAGGAGUUUAGUUUUACUCACAACCGCUUGCAGUCGCUCAAGUUGUUGGAACAAGGCAUAGAGCGUCUUCAAAUUAUCCGGACUAUUGGCACGAGAUAUUUCUUAAUCGGAACGUUGACGAGAACUGAGAUGGUUUCGUUUGUGCGUUCGAACAAAGUGGCAUCAGAUAGUUUUGUUUCGAGUGUUAUUUACGACCAGGCUAUUGAAGGUUUCAUCAGCAGACGAUUCAAAAACUGCUCAUGUGACGUCACCGACAUGGCACAAGAAAUAAUAGCCAAUCAGAAAAUUGCGCCAACGAUUAAAACAAUGAACCAGUGGUAUUUUCAAAUGUCUAGACAGAUUUCUGCGUACAGUCUAGCAACAAUUGACGUCCGUGAUUCACUGGUUGCCAUUUCUGGAAGUAAUCAUAAUGCCGCCAUCUUGCGUUGCAUUGCGGAGUUGGUGGUGUUGAUUUUGAGCUUGGUUGGAUUUCCUGUUUGUUGCUCAAUCAUGAUCCUCAUCGUAAACAACGUCAUAUCGUAUGUAACGUAUCUUAUAGAUAGGAAGCAAAGAGCUAAGUUUGAGAAGAGGAAGACGGAAGAACUCCUGCAUCAAAUGCUUCCGAAAUCAGUUGUUAUGCAGCUUAAGUUUCACAAAAAGGUCGAGGCAGAAAAGUUCGACUGUGUCACUGUCUUUUUCUCGGACAUCAAGAACUUCUCAUACGUGAGCACGAUCAGCACCCCGAUGCAAAUGGUGAACCUGCUCAACGCGGUCUACAACCACCUCGACAACAUCAUUGAACGCUACGACGUCUACAAGGUGGAGACCAUUAACGAAGUUUACAUGGUGUGCAGCGGCCUUCCCGUCCGUAACGGCAAAAACCACGUGAAGGAGAUAGCCAAUCUCUCCCUGAAUCUCAUGGAGUCAAUGGCAGACUUCAAGAUACCACACCUGAGACAGGUGGGCCCGGAGCUCCGCGUGGGUAUCAAUACAGGGCCCUGUGUGGCUGGCAUCGUGGGGACCAAGAUGCCCCGGUAUUGUCUGUUUGGGGACACUGUCAAUGUGGCUGCUAGGAUGCAGACCAACAGUCUACCUUUAAAAAUCCACAUCACCCGCAAAACGGAACGUCUACUGAGUGAGAUAGGGGGUUACAUCACGGAAUACCGGGGCAAGGUGAUGAUCAAGGGUAAGGGAGAGAUGAUCACCUAUUGGUUGAUCGGUAAAGAAGGUCAAGGGUCAAGGGCGGCCAGCAUUGUAUCUGGUGUAGCAUCUGAGCCGGGAAAUGGCGGCCCAAGUACUACAUCAUUCUGACCUCUCAAAUCCGCCCUCAGAGUCUGGAUGUAGACUCAUAUAGUAAUUAGGUUACCAGAUGCUGAACGCAACGGCCAUGACGGCACGGGACUGAAGCCAUUCAAAAUCAUCCGCUUUGUGACACGUGACAUUGGCAAUGACCAAUCAGGCCC